AGGGAGCGUUACAGUAAAACAACAUAGCAAGAGGCUCACAGUGACAGACACUGGCCCAAGGUUUCACUCCGCCAUUUGUCACCUGAAGGAAAGAACCCUGCCUGUGAGAAGACACUGAGAGUCCUGGAAUUUGCGUCGGAUUACAGAAUUUAGGAGAUUCAGGAACAGUGAGAGAGCCUGCUGCUCUUAGCCUUGAGAGGUGGCCAGAGGCUGCUGGAAGCUGGGGCGCGUGGGCCAGGGUCUCCCUCUGGCUGAAUGAGCAGAGCCCUGAACUGAGAGUGUGCCCCGCCCUGCCCCUCCCUGCCCCGCCCCUCCCUACCCCGCCCCGCGCCACUGGACCUCCCUGUUUUCCGCCGGCCCCCAGCCACAGCACCGCCCUAACCUAGCACGCCUUGGUAAACCUAGGCUCAACUCCCACUCAACGGAAGCCAGGAGGCCUGCGCAGACUGCCAGCAAUGAGGAAGAGAGAGUCAUGAGCCUCAGAGGUACAGACAGAAGUGAACCGACAGAAGGCAGUAACCUGCUGACCAGCGGUGAAAAAAAGCCACAGGACUCACCAACAGAACCCAAUGGCCUGCAGAGUCUGAGGCGAUUCCUGGCCUGCCCUCCACGAGGCUGCCUGGCAAGAGUGAUAACGAACGGUGUGUGUACGGCGGGGAUGAACUCAGAAAGUGACCAGAGAUGAUGUCAUAGUGAGAGCUUCCCAAGUCAUGCGGUUAAAAAGACAGCAAGAAAUCUACUGUUCUUAAGUUGAAAUUGUUAGGCGGAACAGCUGACCCGGUUGUGGUGCACAGUCACUCCGGAUAGGGGUAAAAAGCACUCCCUCUCAAACUGUGGCUCCAGAGGUGUCUGUGGCCACAUUUGAGGGAGUACUUUCUUGAGUCACAAAGAGCAGAGAUGAGAGAACUUCUGGAUCUGGGCAAUUUCAUACAAUCCCUGUAAGAAAGGCUCCAGGAAGCGCACCGUUGGCCAAUGUCUCAUCACCAGAAGAGCAUUCUGUAAAUGUUGAUCUCAUCAGAGCAUCUCGACUGAUGCUGAGCCAGAGUCUUGCUUUGCCAAUCACCCAUUUCUUUGUAGACUUUGAGGAUUUGGGGGAGGGAGAAAGAUUUAUCCUGACUUCUUUUGGACAUUGUUUCAGUUUAGAUGUAUUUGUCUUUUAGUUUAUGGCAGUAACCCAAGAUAUGUGAGAAAUUUGGUGACUGUACAGAUGUUCAAAAUCAGUGAUACAACAUCUUAAUUACAAAGGAAGAGAGUGCGUGUACGAUUGUGUGUGGACCCGCACGCUGUGCCCAUAGUAUAGGUUAGCUGUGCAAUCAUUCAAGAGAGAAGAGGUUGAAAAUUGUCUGUAAGGCAGAUUUUUAGACAAUUUUGGAAACUGUUGAGAAUGAAAACAUUAUUUCAGUUAUUCUUACAGCUUUCUAUCUCUCUUUUCCUGAAAACUAAGGCUGGAUUCUCAAUUCCCAGUCCUCGUGACCUUGAUUUGUGUGUGUCUGGUUUGUGGUUGUUUUUUGUUUCUCUGUUUUUGUUUUGUUUUGUUUUGUUUUGUUUUUAUUUGUUUCAACAAAGGCUGUCUCUGUAGCUCAGGACUCAUGAUCCUCCUGCCUUAGCCUCUCCAAUGCCACCCACUCAGCCUGAGCUGAGUCUUCUUAGAGCUGUCCUUCAGAAGGAAGCUCUCACAGACAUUGUCCUCGUUUUCAUCCAGGCCAAUGACAACAAAUAUAAUAUGUUCUACCUUAGGUGGUGCAAGGUUUUUGUUGGGAAAGUAAGAUUCUGAAUCAGUGUGCGAAAAAAUCUUAAGCGAUUAGGAACAGAAAACCAGGUUCCGGGAUAUGAACUAGCUGAGAGGCCACAUGCCAUUCGAUACCUUUUCUUUCCUUUGUAUUAUUUUUUUAACUUUUACCACUGAAAAUAUGACACAUAGCUAGCUAGUUAAAACAUUUAUAAUAAAAACAGAUACCUAUUGCCUGAGGAAUGUGUCAAAAUGAGUAAUGUGAUUUGAGGUCUCAUUUUUAUUUUAAUCUUUUUUUUAAUGCAUUUUGUGGCACUGUGUGUGCAUGUGUGUGUGUGUGUGUGUGUGUGUGUGUGUUCAUGCAUUAGUGUGCAUGCGCGUGUAGAGCCAGAGGUUGAUGUUAAGUCUUCUUCCAUCGUGUACUAGAUACUGAGGCUGGGCGUCACACUCCUGCGUGCCUCGGGUCACGGAACCCUGACCAGGAUUGACCUCACUGGGGUGGCAAGAGAAUGAAAAGCUGGGAUCAGGUGGAGGCUCGGCAUGUUUAUUAUUACAGUUGCCCAUGGAGAAGGGAUGACUACAUACAGAUACUACACAGGGCAUAGGGAUAUUAUAUACAGCUGAACACGGAGACGGGCUUAGCUAACCUCCGUGGGAACAGUCUCUAGGGGAGCAGCCUUUAGGCAAUGACCAUCCAUGGGAGGAAGCCAGACUGUCAGCAUUUGCACGUGGAUGAGAAGAAGGCUUCGCCAUCCCUUUCAACCUCACACGGGGGAGGCUUUGCCACUCCAUGGGGCUGCGGCAUUGGUCUGUGGUAUGUCCGUGUCCAUAUCAAUGACACGCACUCUAAACUGCACUCGAUUAUUGAUUCGCUUGGUCUAGCUAGCCAGCUUGCUCUGGGAUCGCAUCUAUGUCCUGAGCACUGGAGCUACAAGUAGAUUUUCAUGUUCAUUUCAGCACUUACCCACUGAGCUAUCUCAACAGCCCCGAGAACUCAUUUUAAAAUAUAGAGUUCUUCAGAACGUUCCUGAGCGAUGAGAGCUCCUGGUAGAUAAACGUGUGCUCACUGUUUUCCUCUGGGUCCACUCCUGAGGUUGAUGGCUUUGUUCAGUUUUCACUUCUGCAUCCUCCUCUUAAGAAGCAAUUAUUACAUGAAAGUUAUGUUUUUCCAAAGUCAUCAUAAGUGACAAAUCAAUAAUUAGCUGAUUUAAACCUGAUCUGGGGAUACCUUACAAUACGCACAUAACAUUCCCGAUUGUAUUGCAAGUAUGGGGAAUGAAAGGAGAGGGACUUUUAAAGUGGUCUUAGCCUGGAAAAAGGAAAACUCUUAACUCUGUCUGAUUGUAGAAUUAUUAAAAAAAAAAAAGUUCAGCUAAUGCUUUAAUAAAGUCAUACUUAACAGCUGGAAAGCUGCGCCUUCCGUUCUGCCUGUAAGAUCCUAUGGAAACCUUAGCUUGUAUACUCUAUUGGAAAAUACUGAAAAUGCCUUGGACAUUUCAUUGUCAUAGUAGCUUACAUCUCUGGGGAAAGUGUUUUGGAGAUUUUAGAAAAGGAGGCAUUGGGUUUGGUCACUGUGUUAAUUAACUCCCAUUUUCUGAUAACACAGCAAUGGACCAUGGUUUUUCUUUUUUGUUUUGUUUUGGUUUUAAGUGUGAUAAUUCUAAGCAAACAUUGACUCUAAAAGAACUGAUGGUUAAUGUUUAAUUCAAGGCAGACCUAAAUACUGGACCAUAAGUGGAGUUCAAAUAUUCUCAGAUUUCUGCUAAGAGGACAGAGAUAGUGAUUGUUCUCUGGACUAUUAACUGGUGCUAGGUUGCAGGAUGGUGGUGCUUUCUGGCAUUGUGAAGGGAAACAGGACUGAGGUGUGUGCAAGGUGCUGUUUAUUCCAUGGUAUUUCUCCUCCCUCCCCAAACACACACAUAUACACACACACACAACACACCCCAAACAAGGUUUCUCUGUGUAACAUCCCUGGCUGUACUGGAACUCACUUUAUAGACCAGGCUGGCUUGGAACUCACGGAGUUCUGCCUAUUCUGCUUCCAGAAUGCUGUGACUAAAGGCAUGUGCCACCAUGGCUGACCUGAUUCCCUGGUUCUUAACCUGGUUGGCAAUCACCUACUUGUUCACGUCCCUUAUGUCCUUUAUAACUUAUGGUUAUAAACAUUUGCAUAUGGAUGUUGUGUUUAUUUAAAAAUAAUUUCAGAAUACACCAAAGCUUACAUAUAAGACAUAGUUUUCCUGGUGUUUUGGGUUUUAUUUGUGUGUGUGUAUGUGUGUGUGUGUUUGUUUGUUUGUUUGUUUGUUUAUUGCUCUUUUCAUUGGUGGUGUUUUUUAGGUACCAUGGUUGUUCUUCUGUGGGCCAUGGUUUGGUCAGUUACCGGCCCUGAAUGUCUUCCUGGAGGAAAUCUGUUUGGAAUUAUCAUUCUGUUCUAUUGUUCCAUCACCGGAGGUAAACUUUUUGGACUCAUUAAGUUUCCAACAUUGCCUCCUCUGCCUCCUCUUCUUGGCAUGCUGCUAGCUGGGUUUCUCUUGAGGAAUAUCCCAGUCAUCAAUGAUAGCGUCCGGAUCCAACACAAGUGGUCGUCAUCUUUGAGAAGCAUAGCCCUUUCUGUCAUUCUGGUUCGUGCUGGCCUUGGUCUAGAUUCAAAGGCCCUGAGGAAGCUGAAGGGUGUGUGUGUGCGACUGGCCAUGGGUCCCUGCAUCGUGGAGGCGUGUGCUUCUGCGAUUCUCUCACACUUCCUGAUGGGGUUGCCAUGGCAAUGGGGGUUCAUCCUGGGUUUUGUCGUAGGUGCCGUGUCCCCAGCUGUCGUGGUGCCCUCCAUGCUCCUUUUGCAGGAAGGAGGCUACGGUGUUGGAAAAGGUAUCCCAACCUUACUCAUGGCCGCCGGCAGCUUCGAUGACAUCCUGGCCAUCACUGGCUUCAACACGUGCUUAGGCGUGGCCUUUUCCACAGGAUCUACAGUUUUUAACAUCUUCAGAGGCAUCUUGGAGGUGGUAAUUGGUGUGGCAGCUGGAUCUUUUCUUGGGUUUUUUAUCCAGUACUUCCCGAGCAGGGACCAGGACAACCUCGUGUGGAAGCGAGCCUUUCUGGUUCUGGGUUUUGCUGUGCUCGCUGUGUUCAGCAGUGUGUAUUUUAGCUUCCCGGGGUCUGGAGGACUCUGCACGUUGGUCAUGGCUUUCCUAGCAGGCAUGAGGUGGACUGACAAGAAGUCAGAGGUAGAAAAGGUCAUUGCAGUUACCUGGGACGUUUUCCAGCCUCUUCUUUUUGGCCUGAUUGGAGCAGAGGUUUCCAUUGUGUCUCUCAGAGCAGAAACGGUUGGCCUUUGUGUUGCAACCCUCAGCAUCGCAGUGCUUAUACGAAUUCUGACUACAUUCCUGAUGGUGUGUUUCGCUGGCUUUAACAUAAAGGAAAAGAUAUUUAUUUCUUUUGCCUGGCUUCCAAAGGCCACGGUCCAGGCUGCCAUUGGCUCUGUGGCUCUGGACACGGCAAGAUCCCACGGAGAGAAGCAGCUGGAAGACUAUGGGAUGGAUGUGCUGACGGUGGCAUUUUUGGCCAUCCUCAUUACAGCACCAAUUGGAAGCCUACUGAUUGGUUUGCUGGGUCCCAGGGUUCUUCAGAAAUCUGAACAUCGAACCGAAGAGGAGGUUCAAGGAGAGACUUCUGCACACAUUCAGAGGAAGCCUGAGGAUUCCAUUACGGAAGCCUGAUGGACCAUGUUUACCAUCCCAACCCAAAGGUUUUGGCCCUCCAACAACCGGGACAACUUUACUUCCCUUUGACUCAGAAGAAAACUUCCCGUGGAAUUUCAUAAGCAAACAAAUUAGAAAGCUUUACGCUGCUAACAGUACCUCAGGUGUUUACUUCCUCAGAAAGACCGGAGGACAGGUUACUUCAGAAAGUGAGAGAAAGUAAUUUGGACAAAUAAAACAUUCACGAUUUUGUUAAAAUCUUGAUACAUUUCUUCUUAUAGUAUUUAAAAAUUUUCUCAUAUCAGUGAGCAAUGUUUUUUUUUUUAAAUUGGAACUCUGUUGUAUAUCAAAAAGCAAUGUUUUUUUUUUUUUAAAUGGAGCUAUGUUGUAUUUUUAUAAGCAUCCAACGUAGUAGGUUUUUUUUCUGUUUUUUUUUCUUUUUUCUUUUUAACCUAUGUGGAAUGAAAAUAAAAGUAAAAUUGUGUAUGAAAAGAAGAGGGGAAGGGAGUAGGAGGGACCAGAAGAGGAAAAGUAAUGGUGCAGGUCACAGGCCAAUGUACAUA